AUGACAAAUUUCGCUUCAUCUCCACCACCACUGGAAGAGAACCCCCAAUUCGCUUCAUCUCCACCGACGCAAGGUCCCCUCGAAGGAGUUGGAAUUGAUUUGCCAACAAUUGAAGUCCGGUUUGAGAAUUUGAAUAUUGAAGUAGAAGCUAAUGUGCGAGGCAGGGUUUUGCCUACCUUUAUGAGAAGGGAGAUUGCAGUCCUGGUUAUUGCUUGUGGGGCUGAUAAUAGAAAUGAAAAUGAUGAAGAAGCAGGAAUGAAUGAAUCAUGGUAUAGCUUGGUUUGUUUCAUUUUUGUGGCUGAGUUGGUAGUAAUAGAGGAGGAGCAGUUAGUUCAUGGAGUUAUCCAUUUAUUAUUAUCCAUAUUUUAA